AUCUUCUUUUCUUUGUUAUGUUUUUAAUUUCAUUUCCACGCUUCUGUUCUGCCUGGUUCGACCGAAGGCAGAAGUCUCGCCUUCUCUUCCUCCCUCUCUCGUGACUCUUGCCGAAUCUUUUCACCUCUCAUUCUCCACCUGCCUUCCUUGCUCGUUCACUCGUUUAGAGAGAGAAGCCAUAGCCAAGUGAUAGUAGCGAAGGGAGGGAGGCAGAAGGGAAAUGAGGAGAGAAAUGGGGAGGAGGCAUCUGCUUAAGCCCACCCUCGCCACCGCCCUUACCUGCCUGAGCUUCUACGCCAUCCUGAGCCUCACCCUCUCACCACCCACCUCUCCUUCUUCCUCCUCGUACCUCCGCUCAUCCUCCUCCUCUUCUUCUUCUUCCUUCUCCUCCAACAUCAUCGACUCCUCCCGUUCCCUCAUGGACGUCCCCGAUCUCCACCCAUCUUCCUCUUCCGUCCGGAUCUUCCUCUACGAUCUCCCUCGCAAGUUUACCUACGGUGUCGUCGAGAACUACCUCCUUGCUCGUGACGCGCUGAAGCCCGCCGCCCGCUAUGACAAUUCCGCCCUCCGCUACCCCGGCCACCAGCACAGCGCCGAGUGGUGGCUCUUCACCGACCUCCUGAACGCUUCCCGUCCAGCUGGUUCGCCGGUGAUCAGGGUUUUCGAUCCGGAGGAGGCCGACCUCUUCUACGUGCCAUUCUUCUCGUCGCUAAGCCUCGUGGUGAAUCCGAUACGAGGAGUCAGCAACGGGGUGGUUUAUAGCGAUGAGAGGAUGCAGGAUGAGUUGGUGGAGUGGUUGGAUAGGCAGCCUUAUUGGAGGAGGAAUUUGGGGAGGGAUCACGUGUUUAUCUGCCAGGAUCCUAACGCGCUCUACAGGGUGAUCGACCAGGUAAAGAAUAGCGUGCUCCUGGUUUCAGAUUUCGGGCGGUUGAAGGCCGACCAGGGUUCUUUCGUGAAGGACGUCGUCCUGCCGUACUCUCAUCGGAUCAAUUCCUUCAAGGGGUCCAUUGGUUUGGGGAACAGAGACUCUUUGCUAUUCUUCAUGGGAAAUAGAUACAGAAAAGAGGGUGGAAAGAUUCGUGAUAUGCUUUUCCAAGUAUUGGAGUCGGAGAAAGAUGUUAUCAUUAAACAUGGCGCACAGUCUAGAGAAAGCCGCCGCAUGGCCACACAUGGGAUGCAUUCUUCUAAGUUCUGUCUGCAUCCUGCUGGUGAUACACCUUCAGCUUGCCGACUCUUUGAUGCCAUAGUGAGCUUAUGUGUUCCCGUUAUUGUUAGUGACGAUAUUGAAUUGCCUUUUGAGGAUGUGAUUGAUUACACAAAAAUUGCAAUAUUUAUCAACUCUAAGAAAGCUGUACAGCCAGGGCACUUGGUUUCCAUGUUGAGAAGGAUUAGUUCAGAUAGGAUUUUGGAAUAUCAGAGAGAGCUUAAGCUGGUAAAACAUUACUUUGAAUAUGAGGAGCCUAAUGGAACCGUCCAUGAGAUAUGGCGUCAAGUUUCUUCAAAGCUUCCCUUGAUAAAAUUCAUGAUCAAUCGCGACAAGCGCCUUGUGAGGAGUAGCUUAGCCGAUGGAGACUGUUCUUGUCUUUGUUCAAAUCAUACUGUCGGUUCAAUGGCCACUGGUGGUAGCAUUUCGAGGAACUGAAAACACGUAAUUCUGGUAAACCCAUACAAUUCUUUGACCCCUCGGUCGCAUAUGUGUAAUCAUUUUGUAGCUUAUUUACCACUUGUUUUUGUUUUGUUAGAUCCAAGGAUAGAUAAUUGCUAGAUGCAUGUAACCCCUUAUCAAUAGGUCAAAUCAGUCUGAUCCUUAAGAAGGAAACUUCUGUAAUGAAGAUACAGCCACAGAUUGUGUUUCCUCUAGAGGUAGUGAGGAUGUGAAUUGUGAAGUGGUGCUACUGUCAGAUCAUAUUCAUUUCAUUUGUUUUUUUUUUGACACAAUGUCAAGCAGGCUGUUCAAAGUAAGAUUAUAUGUAAUAAAAUUUACCUGUAAAUCAAUAAAUAUAUGUUCCACCUGUUUAUGCUC